GCUUUGUCUUCCCGUCUCACGAAGGUUUACUUAACGUUUCGAGAGAAGAAGGUUACUGGCGCACACUACUUCCGAGCCAUGGAAGAGAGCGAGAGGACACAGUCCAGUAGAGAGGAAUACCCAGCACAGGGCCUGCCUCUCGAAGUCAACCCCGCCAACUCGUCUGGAAAGGCGUCGGGGAAAGGCAAGAAGGGCGCUGCGGUGCCCCGAGGACCGAAGCGCAGGACUAAGACCGGGUGUCUGACUUGUCGAAAGCGCCGUAUCAAGUGCGGCGAGGAGAAACCGCGAUGCAACAACUGCAUCAAAGCGAAGCGAGAAUGCGAGGGCUACACGCAGCGGGUGAUUUUCAAGAACGCUCUGGGGCCAUUCGGCGGCGCCUUCCUCGCGGACGCACAGUCGCCCGCGAUCCCAGCGCCGCUCCUUCCCCAGCAGCAACACCAUCUCCAGUAUCUUCAGCCAGGACAACCAACUGCUGGACAACCUGGCAACUCUCAGCAUCGACUGCUCGCCCCCAGGCUCUCGCAGGCGCCGUCCACUUCGCUGCUGCCGGCCCAUGGAACGCCCCAGCUGGCCUACUAUUCUCAAGCUCAUGAGCCACAGUCAAGCCAAGCCUUUCGUGCUACUGCAGACGACCGUAGAGAACACUUUCAGACAGGGUCUGGCGAAGAGCAAACAGCUCCUCACCUCUCUCCUGAGACCGAAUUCCGGUCGCAUUACCACUUCAGCAGUCACGACGCACUGCAUGAGACUUUGGAGGAUGGCGAGUUUCCGGCAUAUCCUGUCGAGGGCAGUCAGUCAGAUGAGCUGGCCAGCUACCCCUUCCAGGUAAUAGAACAAUGCACAAGCCAGACUGAGCAUCCGACUGAUAAAGUGCCACUACAGGACGGACUCUCUUCAUGGGAUGCCGGAGUGGAAGCAGUUGGCUCUUACCCUGCACCACAGACGUCCUCGCAGGUGGUGUAUUAUGAGGAAGAAGAAAACGACUAUUACGACGUUGAUUCCGACGACGAUAUGCAAGAAGCGACGGAGGAGGAAGGUUUCAACCAGAUGAGCCUCAUUAUAGCCUCUGCCCGGCAAAGUGACACUACAAUGCGCUCAUACAACACCUUCCUCAACGAACCCAACAUACUCGCGUCCUAUCGGCCCUCUAUGGGAUCAUCUCCUCUUAAUAAUCCCAAAACAGCACGAAUCUGGGUUCAUUUUGUACAUGCUACAGGCCCCUCCUUGUCAAUAUGGGAACGACAUACCACAAAUUCGUCGGCUCUUUUCGGAGGCCCUGUCCCUCCAUCACAGCAGGGACUAUGGAAUUAUACGAUGCCCCUGAAGGCUCUUGAACAUCCAGCACUCCUCCAAGGUAUUUUGGCUAUCAGCAGUCUGCACAUUGCGAAGCUACAAAAAACCCAUUUGACCAUUGCUUACAAGCAUUACCAGUAUGCUUUGCGGAAGGUGUCCAAGGCGGUAGGUUUGUCACAGAGACGAAAGCAGGCUGCCACCCUCGCCGCCACUCUUUUGCUCUGUUUUUACGAAGUCAUUGCGGCUGAGCACGCCAAAUGGGAUAGUCACAUCGCCGGCGCUGCUCAGCUCCUCAAAGAAAUUGAUUUUCCCAGGGUGACAAGAGAUCUCCGGGCUCAGCGCCGGAGUAUCAGACAACAAAGGAUGGAAUGGAGCCAAUACAAUAGCUUCCCCUCAUACCAGUAUGCCGACAGCUAUUCUGAAGAGGACCCGUUUGCAGAGAAGGAAUCGGAGAUAGACACGACUGUUCUCUCAACAAUCGCUGGCAAAGUGGUUGACUACGAUUUCAUGGGAUACGUUGAAUAUGAGGACUCCUUGCCAUCGACGAGAAUGAAAAAUUUCUCACGAAAGGAUAUUGAAACAUUCAGAAUUCAAUGUGACCUGUAUUGGUGGUAUUGCAAACAUGAUCUCACUCAGAGCAUGAUCAGUGGCAACAAACUCUAUACUCCAUACGAUCGCUGGACUCAAUGCCCACCCCGCGCCGCACUUGGAAGGCCAGAUGCUGUAUAUGGUAGUUUUGACCACUUGAUACUACUCAAAGGCCGUAUGGUAGACUUUGGAUACCGGGAUCGAAAGAGAAAAAUUAAAAGCCUUGAAGCCACUGGGGGUGAAUGGCGUCCGCAUCAGGGCUUUUUCAAGUUUAUGGGUCGCUUUGCAAGUAAACCUCCAGCCGGGGGUCCUGCGAAGAAACCCCAUCCUGCUGCAUCUAGCGAAAGAAAGACCAGCUCGCCGCACGAAGGUAGUCACUCGAGUCAGCCUUCAUCCAAGGACAAUUCACCUGGUACACAUCCAUCCUCAAGAGGUGGCUCGGGGCAACAGCCAAUGUAUGGUUUGGCUCCAACGAAAGGCCCCGGCGUUGCACCUGCUGCUUUCACAAGUGCGGCUGAAUCUACGCCGUAUUCAAAAAUCCCAGAAGACGACUCAGAUAUAACACUACUCGAGGCUGAAAAGGAAUGGGAAGAAAUCCUGGCUGCUUACGAUUUCUAUGAAAAACAACUUGGAGAUGCCUUUGCUCCGCUACCGGCUGGUAGUGCUCCUCCCAUCAGCACCCCAUUUGGGCCUGCCCUACAAUAUCGGUCCUACCUCAUCGCAGUCCUUUGGGCGUUCUAUUACACUGGGAGAUUGAUGCAUUUUCGUCUCCACCCCUGCAUGCCACCGGCCACAAUGAAAUCCGCAGCCGCAGCAGCUGGGACAACAGCUCAAUAUGCGCAGAUCAUCGGAAAGAUCGUUGCGGGGAUCUAUUACCCACAACUGUACAACCAAAAUGCGGGCAGUUUGAACCCAACACUAGGAGCAGCAUUAAUCCAGAUUACCGUGCCGAUAUUUUUCGCAGGCGUUCAAUAUACCGACGCUGCCCAGCGAGGCUGGACCGUGGCCACGCUCCGCAAUAUUUCUCGACUUACUGGCUGGCAAUCUGCCGAUAAAAUCGCAACUGGCUGUGAGUCGGCCUGGUACUUUACCGCCAAAGCAGGACAAGGGCCCCCUUAUACGUCUGUGGAGCUCAGCAACAGGAGUGAAUCCCUUGCCGAAGAAAAACCCAUCCCCGAUCAGCACGCCGAUGGACAGUCGCUUCCAAGUCUGAGCAACGACAGACGCUUUGUUACGGUGGCCGCCCCAACACGAAGUCGCUGGGCGAUGGGAAUUUUGGCGCUGGAGAGCGACCUUGUUGAUCUCAAUCUUGAUCGCAUCCCACCAACUGACUUGUAUGCGGACGUACCGCUGUACGGACGGUAUUUCCCCAAGCCAGACGACUUUCACGUUGAUCUUCAGCAUAUCAACUCCAAAACCCCCGACGCAAUACAGCAUUGGGCUUUAGUGGUUACUCUCUGCCGCGAUGUGUUUGCUCUGGGGGAAAUCAUUGUCAAAUCAAGUCAUCUUCAUGAUGAGUUAGAGAAGGACUAUUCGUAUGCGGAUGCGAAUGAGGUCCGCGCUAUUGGGGUUGCUAAGGGUGUUUUUGAGGAUAUUAGAUUUCCAGAUAUUUAUUUUUCUGGAAAGAUCAAUGGUCGUAAUGUGCUUGUUCAAGAGAGACUGCCCGGCGUUACUAUGGGCGUUGCAUGGCCCUAUCUCUCGCAAACCCAAAGGGAAUCUUUCAAGGAGCAAACCCAAGAUGUCCUCCGAAAGCUACGUAGCAUCAAACCUAGCGAUAACCACCAGGUUCGGUCUCACAUUGUUCAAGACCCCAACAUUCUCAGCAACGGCCGGCUCAACCCCGUCGAAGCCGAGAUUCUAUUCUCAGACAGCAAUACUGAUCCAGACUUGAGCUUUAUGCAUAACGAUGUCACUCAGUCUAACAUAAUAGUCGACAAGGACAAGAUUGUGGGGCUGAUUGACUGGGAAAUGGCAGGCUUCUUUGGCUGGAAGACGGCUGGCGAGGUACACCGGAAGAUCAGAACACCGCAAAAAGAGCAUUUUGUGGACGCUAAUUUGAGUGAAGAGACUCUGCGGGAUAUGAUGUUUUGGAAUGAUCUUUAUGAUGUGACAGAGCUCUUAUCAAACGUUUAUACAGACUUACUCAAAGCCGAUGACCGGGCGCUCGGCAAGGGCGUGCGCCUCACGCAAUGUCCUCGUUGCAAACGGUUCGCCGAUAAAUACGUGGAACACGACAAUGUCGUGCUGUUUAUUGAUUUGGUCCUGAUCAAGCCUCAGGUUUAUCGCCAUCUACUGUUCAAUCGCCUGGGACGAGAUGACAACAAAUUUGAUCGCUCAAUCAUCCGUCUAGGUGUCUUGUUGUUGCUGUUUGACGUGUACCUGACAUGGGCACGAAUCGAAAAGUCGUCUACCCUCUCGUCAACCGCCCUCUCGAACGCGCCGAUUAUCAUCCAGUACCUCUUCUUCCUCACACUCAAUGCGCUCGCAACGCUGUCUCAUCAUUUGGUUGUACGACUGGGGGCCUCGCUCAUGCAUCGGAAGUUGGAUCCAUCUCUCGAGCCUAGUGAUGCUACGAAUGACACCCCAACGACACCCGCUGCAACAUCGUCUGGAGCGAAUAAUUUGAGUCGAUCACCGUCUAGCCACGACAUUCUACAAAGACCCCCUUCUCCGGCUCCUGGUAGCGGUGGCUUGCCUCCAUCGUACUGGCCGCCUGAUGGUGCACCGCCGCCGGGCCAGCCAGCGCCGUCGCGACGUGUAUCAACUGCGUUUCUCCAGGUGCAACCGCUUCUACCUCCGCCGCCUCCGAGUGCAAAUGCCGUCAGCACUGCACUGUUUGUCAGUAGUUGCCCCAAACUGUUUCCGAUACUUUUGGUCAUAUGGGGAUCCAAGGAGAUUCCCGAUGAAGGUAGUAGCUCUGCCACAGACAGCCCUGUUGCUACGAUGGUCCACGAAGCUGUCAAAACGGCCACAUCAUCUAUCCUAUCGCAGGCAACUACCUCUGCAGCAUCACUGGUGUCAGGUGGUAGGAACGAAGCGAUUUCAAACCCGGCCGACACCAUGCCUUUUAUGGAACAGCUUGCGUCGUUGCCUACUUUUAUAUCGACGUGUGAUCUUCAUUCUCUGCUGUCGUUUUUCUCAUUGGGUGCAGCCAAUACCCACUGGGUGUUGUUGAACAAUAUCGAGGCUCUCUACAUUCUUUUGAACUGUGGAUACUUGCGUGCUGUCGCACUCGCUGUUGCGGGACAGCUGGCGCGGUGGGCUGUCGAGACGACGAUUCUGGGUCUUUUUGGGAUUCGCUGA